CUGAUUUUUUUUCUUUUUUUUCUUCCUUUCCUCUAUCUUCUCAUCUAGUCCAUCUCUUCAACCCUAGUUCCUUUUCUAGCUUUUCCUCCUUAAUCAACUCUUGGUUUUUUUUCUUUCAAAUCUCGGCUACUUUUUUUUUUUUUCUUAGUUUUAUUCUUUUCCAACAACAAAGAAAGAAAAAGCUUUUUUUUUAUGGAUGAAGAUCGGGAAAACCAGAUUGAAGAUCACAAACAACAGCAGCUGAAGCUGAAGAUCAUCAAGAGCUCUGAUUGGAAUAUUGGUGAUGAUGAACGAAAACCAGCAGUGAUCAAAACCGAAAUCGAUGAUGAUAAUGAAGAAAAUCAGAUCGACCAAGUACAUCAUCAUCAUCAUGAAAUUAGCACCACCCCUCCUCCUCUUCCUCGAAUCUGUGAGUACUGUGGCAAAGGAUUCAGCUCCGGCAAAGCUUUGGGAGGUCACAAAAGGUAUCAUAUUCAAGAAGCUCGUAAAUAUGGACUUAUCAUUCCGAGAAAGACCAUGAAGUUAAAACUCAAGAAACACAAAGUCCUCUAUGAUGAUGUCCAUCAUGGCACCUCAUCGCCAUCACCAUCAUCAGCUAAAAUCAACAGCAACAGCCAACAAGAAGAGAAAGAGAAAUCCACAUGCUGUCUUUGUCAGAAGGAGUUCCCCUCGAAGAAGUCGCUGUUCGGGCACAUGAGAUCUCACCGGGACCGAGAUUGGAGAGGGAUUCAACCACCUCCGAUGAUGAUGUCCUCCGAUAGAAGCAGAAGCAGUUCUUGUUCUCCUCCAAUGGCGGCCGCGGUGGCAACAGAGAUGAAGCAGCAGCAGCUUGAUCAUGAUGAUGUCGAAGACGAAGCUGAAGAUUAUUAUAAUCAGAUUGAGAAUACCAGUUUGGAGUUCACUGAAUCUAGGACUUUUGAGCCAGUGGAGGUUUUGCGGACCUGGUGCAAAACCGACAAAAGAGGCAGGAAAAGCAUUGGGGAUCAAGUUGCUGCUGAGAGGCUUGUGUCUUUAUCUCUCGGAGAACAAGAGCAAGGGGAAGAGCAACAACAAAGUUUGAUGAUGAUGAAGAAAAUUGGAUCCAAAAUCAGUGGUUAUGAUUCUGACGAUUCAUAUUGGCUGAGAGAAGACCAGGAGCUGGAGCUGGAUCAUCACGUGGAUAAACAACAACAUCAACAUCAACAACAAUGGAGUGUGAAUGUGAAUGUGAAGAAGAAUGUCGAUUAUGGGUCCUAUCAAGGUAGACAGCACCAGCCUAAUGAUUAUGAUGCCGUCAGCAAUAAAAGGAAAAUGACAACAGCCAAGAAAGACAAAUUUUCUUAUUCCGAGAAAAGGCCAAGAAAAAGUGGGGGAGGAGUAUUGGAGGUCAACAGUUUGGAUGGUGGUGGUGGUGGUGGUGUCAGAAAAAAGCCAAAGACUUCUUUCAAGUGUAGUAGCUGUGGAAAAUCUUUUCCAACUUUUCAGGCUUUGGGUGGGCAUAGAUCCAGCCAUAACAAAGACAAGCACACAAAUCAUCCACACACAUUGGCUGAGGAUUCCGCCGAAGUCGGAAUCGAUGGCCGUGCCGGUGCCGGAAAUAAUAAAGUCCAAGUCAAAGUUGAUAAUGUGACAAGUAAAAGUAUGUACAAUGAGAAAAUCGGUAAUGGUGGUAAAUCUUCAUCAUCACAAGUUGAUGAUCAAGAUCAAGCUGCAUUGAUGACUUCCGAAGCUUCACAAAGCAGUCAUACUGGUCCUAGAAAAGUGUUGGAUUUUGAUCUUAAUGAGACUUAUGUUAUGGAAGACGAUGAAGAAGAAGGAGCUAAUUGAUACUAUUUAUAUUUGAGUUUGAAUUCAGGUCUGAUUUUCAUGGAAGCUAGCUAAGUACUCCAUAUUGACUAAUAAUAUUGUUUUUUCCUUCCCUGAAAAUUUG